AUGGCCUUACCUCUGCCGCCGCUUUGUGGAGACCAUGAGAGCUUUGAGGCUUGCUCACACUCUUGCUGCGGGUGGUGCAAUAGCACGAAUCAGUGUAUCACUUCGCUGGCCUUUCUACGAAGAUGCAGCGACUAUGUGCAGACGGAGUCCAUGAAGGACGCCUGCUUCAAGUGGCAGACGGAUUUCUGGGCGUCCAUGAAAUGGAUCCUUCAUGGACUGCUCUGGCUUGGGCUCGGCCUCCUUGGCUUGAGCUUCCUGUUCUGGUUCUUCACUGGAUUUGCUUGGGCCUGCGUGUGGGGCCGAAACCAAAUACUGGAAGCACGCCGCGCGGCAGCGAGACGACGAAGGGAGGCCGCCUCGCGGGUGGUGCUGGGAUGCGUCCGAAGAUGCAGGCUCUUCGGCCGCGAAAUUGACGAAGCGCUGCUUGUCUCGGAGGUCCUGGAAGCUCGGGAUCAUCGGCGCGUUGCGUCUGCACGCAGCGCGCAGUAG